AUGUCCAAACGUCGUAAUAGUCGAAGUUCACGAAAAUCAAAUGAAGAAAAUAUUCGACUUGAACAUACAUUAGAAGGUAAUGAAGAUCCAAUAUAUAAUGCACCUAGAUUGUACAAUGGUAAACCUGUUAUAAAUAUAUCUGAACGUCGUUUUGGUCCUCCACCAAUUAAUAAACAAUCUCAACAAUAUAAAACUCAUCUUCAACAAAUGGAUUAUAUUAAUAAACAUAGUGAAUUAAAACCAGUAUUCGAUUCUAUUUUUACACAUAGAUUAAUGCAAACUGUGCAUGGUGAUCAAGGGCAUCCAAAUGUACCAUAUCAAGAUAUAUAUUUAUUAACUUAUGAUCAAACAUUUAUUCAUGCUUAUUUAUUAUUACAUGAAAAUAGUCAUGAACAUUAUACAUAUUUAAUAUGUCAUGGAAUAAGACAUCAAAUAGAAGAUUUAAAUAAAAUUAUCGAUAGAUUUUAUAAUGAUUUUGGUAAUGUUUUAAUAAUUGAUUAUCGUGGUUUUGGAAACUCAUCAGGAAGACAAUCGGAACGUGGUGCUUAUAUUGAUGUUCAAACAGCUUUUGAUUAUUUAUUAACAUUAAAUGAAAUUGAUUCGAAACGAAUUGUUAUCUAUGGUGUUAGUAUGGGCGUUGCUUUAGCUAUUCAAUUAGCAACUGAACCAAAUAAUUCGGAAAAUAUUCAUGCAUGUAUUUUAGAAAAUGGGUUUACAUCUUUUAAAGAUGCAGCAGCUGAUCAAUCGACUUUUGCGUGGUUUUUACCAUCGAAAAUAUUUUCAGUUGGAAUGAAAUCUAUUGAUAAAGUUCAUCAACUUCAUGUACCUGUUAUGUAUUUAAGUGGAUUAAAUGACCGUACGAUUCAUCCAAAACAAACAAAACAACUUUUUCAAGCAACAACGAAUUCAAAACAUUGUCAAUUAGAAAUUUAUGCAGAUGCAGGACAUACAGAUGUUAAACAAAUGCCUGAUUAUAUAAAACGAUCUUAUAAACCAUUUAUGAAAGCAGUAUGGAAAAUUCAAAAUCCAGAUCAAACAAAUCUUCAACCACCAAUUCUUGUUACUGAUCAUGGAAAACGUCGAACAUCGAGUGUAUAUGAAUGUACAGAACAACAAAUACAACAUGUUCAAUCAACUAAUCUUUCAUCAUGUUCAUGCUUCCAUUGA